UUGGCUCGUCACGUGGGGGAGGAGUGAAGAAGUGUCAUGGCGGCCUCCUGCUGAAUGCUCAGUGUGUUCGCAGACAGAGCCGCGGAAAUUUCUGCCUGCGUUAUUUAGGAGUCUGCGUGGUUUUAGCGAAACUUGAAUGUAAGGGUGAUUUAGACAUGGGGACCGUGCACGCCAGAAGUUUAGACCCACUCCCAAUGCAAGGGCCUGAACUUGGAGUGCAAGCAGAUGACCUGGACCUUGUGGAACCGGAGCACGAGCCCCAACAAGAAGUUCUUGAAAACAGAGAUGUUGUAGUCCAGCAUGUGCAUAUAGAUGGCCUUGGAAGAACUAAGGAGGACGUUUUGACGUAUGAAAUUGCAGAUGUUUUCCGAGCCAAAAACCUGAUUGAUGUGAUGAAGAAAUCACAUGAUGCCAGACAGAAACUGCUACGUCUGGGAAUAUUCAGGCAGGUGGAAGUCGUUAUCGAUACUGCAGAAGGUGAGGAUGCACUGCCUAAUGGACUGGAUGUGACAUUUGAGGUAAAAGAGCUGAGGAGGAUGACUGGAAGCUACAACACCAUGGUUGGAAACAAUGAGGGAAGCAUGGUGCUGGGUUUAAAACUGCCUAAUGUAUUUGGCCGUGCUGAGAAGCUCACCUUUCAGUUCUCUUAUGGCACCAAGGAAACAUCUUAUGGGUUAUCCUUUUUCAAGCCCCAGCCUGGACACUUUGAGCGCAAUUUCUCCAUAAACUUGUACAAAGUCACAGGGCAGUUUCCAUGGAGUUCUCUGAGGGAGACUGAUAGGGGUAUCUCCACAGAGAUCAGUUUCCCAAUCUGGAAGACGAACCACACACUUAAGUGGGAGGGUGUGUGGCGAGAGCUAGGCUGUCUAGCACGUACCGCCUCCUUUGCCGUCAGAGAAGAGAGCGGACAUUCUCUCAAAUCCUCUCUCUCGCAUGCAAUGGUCAUUGACACACGCAACUCGCCAAUCCUUCCUAAGAGGGGUGCCUUACUAAAGAUUAAUCAGGAGUUGGCAGGCUACACCGGCGGAGAUGCUAGCUUCUUGAAGGAAGACUUUGAGAUUCAGUUGAACAGACGUCUUCUCUGGGACUCGGUCCUCUCUGCCUCUCUGUGGGGUGGUAUGCUGUUAGCCAUUGGAGAUAAACCUACAUCCAUUGCUGACAGGUUUUAUCUGGGAGGUCCCACCAGUGUGAGGGGGUUCAGCAUGUACAGCAUUGGACCACAAAGUGAAGGAGAUUAUCUGGGUGGAGAGGCAUACUGGGCUGGUGGGCUCCACCUAUACACCCCUCUUCCCUUUAGGCCAGGCCGAGGGGGCUUUGGAGACCUCUUCAGGACACACUUCUUCCUCAAUGCCGGAAACCUGUGCAACCUCAACUACGGUGAGGGUCCUCGAGCCCACCUGAGCAAACUGGCAGAGUGUAUCCGCUGGUCAUAUGGAGCAGGCAUUGUGCUGCGUCUGGGGAACAUUGCUCGACUGGAGCUCAACUAUUGCAUUCCCAUGGGUGUCCAGAGUGGAGACAGGAUAUGUGAUGGAGUACAGUUUGGAGCAGGCAUUCGAUUCCUGUAAAACCCUGAGGCCAUCAGCAUGUCAACUUUCGAUAGAAGAAGGCUUUUUACAUGUUGGUAAAAAUGCUUGGAACUCCAGCAUGGAGUUAGAGCAUUAUGCUUUAGUAGAUCUGUUUGGCAACAGCCAGAUGUGUCGAAAGGACAGUAGGCUUUCACCAAAAACCCACUGGAGAUCCAUAAAAGCAUGAUUAUGUAUGGAAAAAGAAGACCCAUCAGUGCUCUUAUGACUUGUUAUAUUUAUUUGUAGUUAAGCAAAAGAUGAAAAUAAAUCAUUUUGCUUUA